CCCAACCCACGGAACCACUCCCACCCCAACCGCUGCAAGCCCUCCAACCGCAACCGGCUCCUCAUCAUCCAAGGCAACGGAGGCGUGCUAGGCCACCAAUUUUCCGUACCCGUGUCCUCCUUUUUGGGAUGCCUGAUGAUGUGGUUUUGCGCAGAUACAGGCUGUCACCUCAUCUAAUCCUAGACACUCUCUCCAUAAUAGAGAGUGAUCUAGAACAAUCCAUUAGGUAUCCUACAGCAAUACCAGCAUUGACACAAUUCCUUGCUGUGUUACAUUUUGUGGCCACUGGUUCAUACCAGCAUGUUGUGGGCGAUCUGGUUGGCAUGUCGCAGGGCCAGUUCAGUAAGGUCCUGCGGCGUGUCAGCCAGGCUUUUAUUAAGCGCGUUAAGCAAUUUAUUGCUAUGCCUUUGGAUGUUGGGGCCCUAGAUGUGGUGAAGCGGCAAUUUGAGGAAGGUGGUAGUUGCUUCCCACAUGUUAUUGGGGUUGUGGAUGGCACACAUGUAGCUAUUGUACCACCAAGACAUAAUGAAGAAAUUUAUAGAAACAGGAAACGGUUUCAUUCUCUGAAUGUAAUGGUUGUUUGUGGGCCAUCCCUCCAGAUCCUGUCCCUGAAUGCUAAGUUCACGGGGAACUCCCAUGAUGCCCAUGUCAUUAGACAAUCAGGGAUAUGGCACAGAUUAAGAUCGAUGGAAGGACAAGACAUGUGGUUAUUGGGAGACCGUGGAUAUCCUUGCACCCCCUGGCUCAUGACUCCUUACAGUAAGCCCAGGCCAGGACCACAGACGGCAUUUAACUCCGCGCUUACUGCCACUAGACAGCUGGUGGAGCGCACGAUUGGUGUCCUUAAAGGACGCUUUCGUGUGCUCCACCGCACUGGUGGCGACAUCAUGUAUUCGCCGGAGAUGGUAAGUAAAAUUGUGGUCCUGUGCGCAAUUCUACAUAACAUCGCUGUAAGGAGUCGCGAUGAGCUUCUUCACACAGAGGAAUUGCCAGAUGAGGAGCCAGGGGUUGGGCGAAGAGUCGGUGGGGGGAGUGUUUCCCGGAGGGGAAAUGAAGUAAGGGCACGCAUUGUUCGGGAAUUUUUCAGGGCGAGCACAACGGCAAGGUGCUGCUGCUGGUGCAGGGAGGCGACAACACGCACAUCCACAAACACCAUCCCCUUCUGGCUCCCCCUCCACCUCUCCUGCCCAAUCCCCCUCUCCAGCCACCUCACCCUCUCCAGCCACCUCACCCUCUCCUGCCCAAUCCCCCACUCCUGCCCAAUCCCCCUCUCCAGCCACCUCACCCUCUCCUGCCCAAUCCCCCACUCCUGCCCAAUCCCCCUCUCCUGCCCAAUCCCCCUCUCCAGCCACCUCACCCUCUCCAGCCACCUCACCCUCUCCUGCCCAAUCCCCCACUCCUGCCCAAUCCCCCUCUCCUGCCCAAUCCCCCUCUCCUGCCCAAUCCCCCUCUCCAGCCACCUCACCCUCUCCAGCAACCUCACCCUCUCCUGCCCAAUCCCCCUCUCCUGCCCAAUCCCCCUCUCCAGCCACCUCACCCUCUCCAGCCACCUCACCCUCUCCAGCCACCUCAGCCUCAUUUUCCAACUCCCCCUCUCCAGCCCAAGCCCACUCUCCAGCCCAAUCCCACUCUCUUUCCAAAUUCCCCUCUCUGCCCCCCUCCCCCUCUGUGUCCCAAAAAAGCACACCACCACCCUCACCCUAUCAUUCCCAAACACCCUCUGUAAGUACCUCCCCCUUCCAUCCUCUCACCCAAUUGGACCCUCCUUCCCCCAUCCUGCCUCCUUCCCCCAUCCAGCACCCAUCCCCCAUCCAGCCAACCUCACCCAUCCAGCCUCCAUCCCCCAGCCAGCCCCCAUCCCCCAUCCAGCCAAACUCACCCAUCCAGCCUCCAUCCCCCAGCCAGCCAACGUCGCCCAUCCAGCCUCCAUCCCCCAGCCAGCCAACGUCGCCCAUCCAGCCUCCAUCCCCCAGCCAGCCAACGUCGCCUACAGAAUGGGCUGCAGAGGCCCCGGAGCCACUAGAGGGAGGUGGACAAGUGGCAGAGGAGAAUGGUGCCAUUGGAGAUCCCACAAGCCUGGCAGGCAUCGUUGGGCGGAUGAAGGCAAAUUUGGAGGCCAUGUUGGCCGAAGUAAACAAUUUGGCAAAUUUAUUGUAAAAAAAAAUAAACAAAAAUUAUGUUUAUAAAAAACUUAAAUCAAAAAA